CAAAGAAGGACUUAACUUAGAACUGAACAUGGCUAAACAAGGGUUACCACGUCUACUGCUGUACAAGAGGGACGCCAGCCCGCCGUCCUGCGCAGUCAUGAUGCUCGGUGACAUGCUCGGUCUCAACUUUGAAUAUAAAGAACCCGAUCUUCUUGGUUUGGAACACAAAAGCGCAGACUUUAAAAAGAUAAAUCCAAUGGGAACUAUCCCGGUACUGCAAGAUGGCGAUUUCGUUGUGUCCGAAAGUCACGCGAUAAUGAAGUACCUCCUCAACCAGUACGGCGGCAGUGCUCGCGAACGCCUGUACCCCAGCGAGCCGCGCCAACAGGCAGCCGUCGACCAGUGCCUGUUCUUUAGCGCUGGGGUGCUGUUUAACCGACUCAAAGUUGUUGCGCUACCAACACUGUUGCACGGCUUACCGGGGCCAUCGGAGCAGCAAUUGGCCGAUAUCGAAGAGGCGUACUCUGUGGUGGAGGCUUAUCUGAAGGACAACAAAUACAUCGCAGGGGAUCGCUUGACCAUCGCGGACCUGUCGCUCGGCACUACUAUCAGCGCAGCGCAAGCUAUACUAGAGAUAAAUAAAGACAAAUUUCCCCGUAGUUACGAGUGGUUAACGAAAUUACACAAUGAAGAAGUGUUCAAGAAAAUCAACAACCCUGGUGCUGCUUUGUUUGGAAAAAUUAUACAUGCGUUUUGGCAGAAAAAUAAAAAAUGAAAUUCGUU